AGGCACCGUGAAACAGAUCCUGCCGAUCCAGCGUACAGGCGCGGGCUGGAUGGAGUGAUGGCGACAUUACAAGACGACCAACGACAAGCGGCACUAUUCCAAGCAUUUGAUGUGCAGAAGGUGUUGGUAUCUGGGAAUGUGGUGGUCUAUGCGCCGUAUGAGAAGGCAGAGAUUGCACACAUAAUGCAGGCGAUGGUCAAUGCCUUUCUUCGUGACAUGGGAUUAGAAGGUCAGUUAUUCUUGUCGCCCACACUCACGACGUUCAUGAAGGAGAAGCUUGUGCUGGAACAGAUGGCGAUAUCAAAAGACGAUCUGUGUAGUGGGGCGUCGUCUCUGUGGAGUGCGUCUAAGGAGAAGUCCUGUGAGCCAUUUCAAGUGGUACAAGACGGCGCAGCAAGUAUACGCCAAAUGGUCCAGCAAUAUCUCGAGCGUCCAGUACUGGAAGUCCUGGAGGCCAUGUUGGAGCACGAACAGUCGAUAGAGAAGAACAGGGAGAUACAUAUGAAAUCGAUACUACACUCCAGGACAGUAUCAAACCUGCAGUACAACAAGAAUGUGCAUUUGGUGGUGGGCCUAGUGCCUAUGGACAUGGAGGCUGAUUCGGACGCUGAGAGGGGCUUCACCUUCAGGAUAUGCAAGAUACCGCCGAUGCCAAUAGAUGCGAGAUACGAGCACUCGCCGCUUGUAGCAGACACCACCAUGCGUGCACGGGUGCAGGAGAGUAUGGAUCAAUGUCCCGGGGACCAGAUCACCGACUACGCAGGCCUGCAGCUGUUUUAUUACGACGUUUGAGUAUUGCGUGCGCCUGUACUACAACUGCUUUAUUGCGACGUGGGAGUAUAGUAUGGCAUGCUCCCGUACUAUAACUGUCUAUUCACGGCCUUGGGGCGAGGCGUGUGCUUGUGCUGUGGGACUAGUCCAAGGGAAAGUCCAAAAUGAGAAACAAGAGGGACGGGAGAAAUUAGGAAUUUAGGACAGGACUCAAGGGCAAGACUGAAAAGAGAAACAGGAGGGCCGGAAAGAAUGAGGAAUUUAGGACAGGUCGGGCAUCAAUAUACGCCUCGAGGGUGUGUGUCACAUGAGUGAGUCACUUCAGGGCGAACGGAGGUCGCAACAGAGACCACCCGCCCUUAUGGAGCAAGCUAAAAAAAAUGCAUACACCGCCUGUAUGGAGCAAGCUAAAAAUAGAUACUCGGCCUUUAUGGAGCAUUCUAAAAAUAGAUACUCCGAACGCAUGCUCGGUAGGUGUAUCAAGUAGGUAGGCGAGUUGACAUGCCUGUGGUUGAGUGGUUAGGCUUGCUACCUAUGCAGGGACGUUGUAAACAAAAAGACUGCAUACCUCACAGACUAAACCGCCGAGUCCUUAGCACUUACUCGCUCUGAUUCCAGGAGGUGGACGCGAAACACAGUAAACAAAUAUACCUUUCUUCGUGUACGAGCAGAGAUCUGACUGCAUUUAACUGGGGACAGAAAAUCAUAUACAUGUCAGAACUAACAUUAAUCUCCUCCUGGUGUUGCGACAAACAGUGCACUCGUAUAAUAAAACAAAACUACUCAUGAAGCACAAUGUUUGGG